CAAAGAUCGCUGCCUCAUCUUCCUUGAUAACUUCAACGACGUCGAACAGUCGAAAUUGGUUGAAGGGAUGCAAGGGAGGUAUGACUGGACUAAGGUCCGACAGAAUGCGCUGGUGGGGAAGUUCGACGAUAUCCUCUACCGGCUGUUGAGGCAGCAAAAGGAGGAGUGGGAAAAGGUGAAGCUGGGAGAAGUAAAGGACGGUGAAAUUUACAAAACUUUGACUUGCAUGAGAGAAAUGAUGGAGGGCAUGAAGGAGGAAAGGUUGAAGCUUCAAGUCAUGUUGGCCAAAGAGAAAAAUAGUAACAGGAAGGGGAAAGAGUCGGUGGUAGAGGAAAGUGACAGUGAGAGCGAGGAGGAAAAGGAGCCGCCUCGCAAGUUGACAAAGGCGGAGAGGAAGGUCUUGAAUCAAAUUCAAGGCGGACAGGGGACCUCCCGUAAACAGGGGAAGAAUGGUGGACAAAAUAAUCAAGGAGGAAAUGGCAAUGUUGGCACUGGUUUGUCAGGACAAAGUUCCCAAGAUCAAGGGCAGUUCCAGCCGCAGGGUGGAAGAGGCCGCGGUCGAGGCCGUGGAAACGGACAGCGAAGCCUUUGGGCGUGGCAGAAGGAAGCCACGUGUAACUAUUGCGCAGAAAAGGGCCAUAUUAUGCGGUUUUGCCAACUCCUUUCAAAAGAUGAGAAGGAAGGGAUAGUCUUCACCACGUAUAUCUUUGAUUACCAAGGGAAUUCUAUCGACCCCAACAUUGAAGGGGGUAUGAGGAAGGAGGUGUAUCGUCGAAUGGGUCGUCCGCUACCGGCAACGUUCCGGGUUGCUUCUCCUGAAGAAGCACAGUUGGUCGAGGUCGAGGAGGUCAUGGCGUCAUUGCAUAUCUACGACUCACUGGUGGAGCCAAAAGGAUUUAGGGAACAAGUAGUGGAACGAGCGCAAACCAUCACUAGGCGGCUUGCCCGAUGUCGGGACUCUAUCAUCCGACUUUAUGUGGACAUGGAGGAAGUCUGGCCUGGAUUGCCGAAUGUCUUUCUCUUUGGCGAAUGGGGUGAUAAAAGGGAAGAUGCGUCUGGCCAAGCAGGGACAUCRGCUCCGAGAGAAACAUCACAAACUGGGCCAAUGGUAAGCACGAUGCGACCUAGGCCUGUGCUAAAGAGGAGUGCCCCGACUGUAGCCGUUCAGACUCGGGUGCGGCGACGAAACGAACAGCUUCAAAAUGAGAAAGAAUAUGAAAAGCCAUUGGAAGAAGGGCCUAUUUCCAUUAGUGAGAACGAAGAGGACAAUUUGGACGAGAAGUUGCGGGCCGAAGAGGAAGAACGGGCUUGUCAUCGUGCACUGGAAAGGGAGCCGGAGAAAGGAAACGCCGAAGUAAGCGAGGAGGAGCCACGAAAGAAAAAGAAUAUUGAUUCGAUCCCCGUGGAGCAGGGGGUCGAUAUCGAGCAACUUGUUAAUAAGAUUUUGGAAAGUCAGCGCGACUUGGUCACGCUAAAGGAAAUUUUGGCGGUAUCGCCGAAAAUUCGAGAAGAGUUUAAACAGCAGAUGACUCGUAAAAGAGUCAUGACUGUUAAGCUCGGCGAAAUCAUUCCGCCGGAGGCUAACUGGUCCCCGCCUGGGACAAAGAUGGAUUGGCCAAGGAGUCAUAAUCGUGCUGAUGGGUUGAGUCGGGUUGAAUGGGACCCACAGGCGGAUCAGGCGGAUGAAUCAGUUCCGGUUGAUGCCUUUCUGAAGGAACAGGAAUCGCGAUUGAGUAUUAACACUCUUGCCUACAUGACUUAUGCAGCCACUCGGCAUGGGAAAUCGAUAUGCAAAGCUUUUUCCUUUCACGAGGUACGUCCAGAACUCGUGAUGGAGGAACCUUUCAUCAAAGAGGAUCCAUUUGGCGAGCAGACCGCAGAGGAAAUGAUGAGGCUGGCUUUAACCGGUGACAUCGACCUUAUGCUUGAUCCGCUAACGAUUGAACAGGGCCAUACGCGGGCUGAUGACGCUUUCCAGAUCGUUGGAAGGAUGUCAUAUAUCAUGAAUUUGUUGGUUCACGAGGAUCGCCUGAGGAUAAUGAAUGCGGAGGAAGGAGGCGGUGAGGUCAAAGAAGCGUUUAAGAAAAAGGAGUACGAAGGGGAAUAUAAGAAAAUAGGCAUGUGGUUGAAUGGGGAAUUGGACGAAAGCGAGGUUGAUCCGGUUGUGCGGGAGAAGAGCAAAGGAUUCGUUGUUCGUGACGGUCAUCUCUUUAAGAAGGUUGCUGAUGGUGUCCCAAAGAAGGUGGUAUGCGGGAUCUCUCGGCAGUUGGAUGUGAUUGCUGCCCUGCAUGAUGGGGUAGCCGGCGGACACAGAUCUGCGCGGGUAACUUUGAACAAGAUCCAACGUCUUUAUUUUUGGGAAGGGAUGAGCAAGAUGGUGAUUGACUUUUGUAAAUCUUGUUUCCCUUGCCAGCAGAGGUCUAAUAUCCCCUACCUCGAGCCCCUGAAUCCACGUUAUGUGGCAGAACCAGGUGCGGUGGUGCAUUUGGAUCUUUUGGUAAUGCCACCUGGGAUAAAUGGAUACAGAUACAUCUUUGAUGCACGGGACAAUUUGACUGGGUUCAUUGAUGGUCGUGCCAUUCGCAAACGUACUGGAUCAGUCUUGGCAGAGUGCAUUGCUGUCGGGACAGAAACCCCUGUAAGGGUUUCUGCCCGAGUUUGUCAAGGUAGGUAGAAGAAAGCUUGAAAACGAGAUUGGCCAUGUCAAUGAAAAUGGGGACAGGGU